AUGGUGGAACAGUCAUGGUGGAACAGUCAUGGUAGAACAGUAAUGGUGGAACAGUCAUGGUGGAACAGUCAUGGUGGAACAGUCAUGGUGGAACAGUAAUAGUGGAACAGUCAUGGUGGAACAAUCAAGAUGGAACAGUCAUAGUGGAACAGUCAUGGUGGAACAGUAAUAGUGGAACAGUGACGGUGGAACAGUCAUGAUGGAACAGUAAUAGUGGAACAGUUAUGGUGGAACAGUCAUGGUAAAACAGUAAUAGUGGAACAGUCAUGGUGGAACAAUCAUGGUGGAACAGUCAUGGUGGAACAGUAAUAGUGAAACAGUCAUGGUGGAACAAUAAUAGUGGAACAGUCAUGGUGGAACAAUCAUGGUGGAACAGUCAUGGUGAAACAGUGAUGGUGGAACAGUCUUAGUGGAACAGUCAUGGUGGAACAGUAAUGGUGGAACAGUUAUGGUGGAACAGGCAUGCCGCAACAGUAGUAGUGGAACAGUGACUUUGGAACAGUAUUGGUGGAACAGUAAUAGUGGAACAGUCAUGGUGGAACAGUCAUGGUAAAACAGUAAUAGUGGAACAGUCAUGGUGGAACAAUCAUGGUGGAACAGUCAUGGUGGAACAGUAAUAGUGGAACAGUCAUGGUGGAACAGUUAUAGUGGAACAGUGAUGGUGAAACAGUGAUGGUGGAAUAGUAAUGGUGAAACAGUCAUGGUGGAACAGUCAUGGUGGAACAGUCAUGAUGGAACAGUCAUCGUGGAACAGUAAUAGUGGAACAGUCAUGGUGGAACAAUCAUGGUGGAACAGUCAUGGUGGAACAGUAAUAGUGGAACAGUCAUGGUGGAACAGUUAUGGUGGAACAGUGACGGUGGAACAGUCAUGGUGAAACAGUCAUGGUGGAACAGUCAUGGUGGAACAGUAAUAAUGGAACAGUCAUGGUGGAACAGUAAUAGUGGAACAGUCAUGGUGGAACAGUAAUGGUGGAACAGUCAUGGUGGAACAAUCAUGGUGGAACAGUCAUGGUGAAACAGUGAUGGUGGAACAGUCUUGGUGGAACAGUCAUGGUGGAACAGUAAUGGUGGAACAGUCA